ACUUAAUUAAAAAUAUUGGACACAUUUUUCUUAACUUGUUGAACACGGUGGGUGUGACAUGAAAGUUGGGCGGCUAGAGGCGGAGCUAGUGGGAGGUUCACAAGCGGAGUACCACGAUGCACUCGUGCAGGAGUGGGAACGUGUCAAGAGUGCGCAGGCCCUGUUCUAAUGGUGAGGGGCCUGGAGAUCGCGCGGGACGAGGGUCCCAGCUCGCGCCAGUCCCCGCGGAUCUCUCGCCUUCAGCACACGUCUUCUUGUGCGCUAUGGCAUCCCAAAACUCAACUGCGCCAGCGGCGCCGGCCAAUGUCAUCCAAAAUAACGUGUUUGAUGUGGUCGUGGAACUAAUGGCAACGUCUUUAACAACUUAUUAUACGCCUCUGCUUGUUUUACUCGGCAGCAUUGGCAAUAUAAUCUCCAUCUAUGUUUUUUACGCAACCAAGUUACGGCUACAAUCCACCAGCGUUUAUCUGUCUGUGUUAGCUGUGUCAGAUACACUGUUUUUGCUAAAUCUGUUACCUCCGUGGCUCUUGGCAAUGGGAAUUACCGACUUUUUCCACCGGAAAGGAUUCUGCCAGAUCAUAGUUUACGGCAGCUACACAUCGUGCUGCUUGAGCGCCUGGCUUGUAGUGGCAUUCACCAUUGAAAGAUUUGUAGCCGUGUUAUAUCCAUUGCGACGGAACAGCAUGUGUACUGUAGCCAGAGCACGUUUCAUCAUUGGGUUACUAGUAUUUUCAUCAAUACUAGUUAAUUUACCAUUAAUCCAACUGGCUUCAUCGUCGAUCAACGAUUGCAACAUAGACUUGAAUUACAUGGAGCACGCGGCCCGAUUCAAUUUGGCGGAUACGUUGGUAUCUUUCUCGUUCCCGUUGGGGAUCAUCGUGUUCCUGAACGCUUGGAUCACUGUUGGCGUGUACCGGCUGGAGUGCGAGAGACGCGCGUUGCAGGCGGAGCAGGCGGCGUGCCCGGCGGAGAGUGGCAGCUCAGGUCGGCAGGCAGGGGCGCGCGCGCUGCCGCCGCUUCGCUCGCAACACCGGGUCACGCGUAUGCUGCUCAUUGUAUCGACGGUCUUCGUGGUGCUCAACCUUCCAGCUUACACAAUGCGACUCCUGGCUUAUGCUUAUGAUAUGAGUUCUGGCGAGUACAGCGGCAGAUGGGCAGCGCUGCAGCAGUUGGCGUUGAUGUUCUUUAAUACCAACUUCGGCAUUAACUUCUUACUGUACUGCCUGUCCGGUCAAAACUUUCGUCGAGAGCUGUGCCAGUCAAUCCCGUGGCUUCGGAACCGAGUUCGUAGAUUUGAUGACCUGAACCUGACCUGUCGUAAUACUGGCCGAGCGAGCAGCGUUACAAGUGGAGUAGUUUGCAACGUCCAACCAGCAACGGGCCGGCGCCGCUAUAGCUACGCCGCGUACACAGUUUCUUACGUAAGUACCACAGAGGCGUCAUCCAUAAUCGGGGAAAGCUUUGAAAUGGCGAGUGACGGACGACGAAACCGCUCCAAGCCUUACAUCGAACGCUGGACAUUCGACAACAGCCGCGUGCAGAGGGCACAGUCUCAACCACCCGAGGAGAUAGAGAUGCGUGAGCUUCGCCCCACCAGGACGGCUUCUGUUCCCGAGGUACCAACCCAAGCGACACAGGAAACACAGGAGGAGACAAGAAAAAUACCAUUCGUCUUGUUCCCGUUCAAGAGAUUCAUGGUACCGCGUAAUAAAAAAUCCGAAAGCACCGGAGACUUGAACGGUUAAAUGAUUGUAACCGAGUAUGGAAAAUUGGUUGAGUAAAUAAGUAUUCGUAGUUUUGCAGGCCGCGACACUUGGCAGAUUUUGUUUAAGUACUCAAAAUGCGUGCGUGUAAUCAAAAUCUGCCAUGAAUUCUAAUAAAAUUAUGAUACUCUGAUCUAUUUUCUGCAUUUUAAGAUAGUCACAGUAACUUUUUGAGAACUGUAUUAGUAAGAUAUAAGGAUAGCAUUUACCUAUUUAAUCUCUGUAGUAUAUCAAGUGAACUUGAAAAUAUUGAUCUUAGCUGACUAAAAAAAAUAUUAGCUGUACUCAUGCCAUAAAAUAUUUAUAUUCUUAUAUUAAAGUAGCUGAAGAUAUAUAUACAGCAAAAUUUAUAAAGCAAACGCAGAAGAAUAUAUAAAGCCGUUAAAUACAUACAUAUGUAUGUAUAUUUUUUAAGGAAACUUUUACAGUAAACUGAGACGAAGAUGUUACCAGAUCGAAGGCAUAUUAUAAAUUUAUAGUUUUUCUAAUGAAUAUCUUUUACCUACAUACAUAACACGAUUAUUAUCUCGGUAUAUAAUUCAUUAAACCUGGGCUUGGUCCAUUUUUUUUGCGACAAGGGCACUAUGCCAUAGUUUAAUAGUUAAUAUAGUAUUGUAAUGAAACAUAAUUAUGUAUUUCCGUUAUAAAUUAGAUCUUUAAUAAAAAUAUUAAUCAUUAUAACUACAUAGUAACAUAGGUAAGAAAUAGGCUUGUCCGACUAGACUGUUUUUAAUAGAAAGUUAAAUAAAUAAUGUAUACCGAUUGAAACAAGUAGCUAUGCCUACAUACACACUCGACCGUGUAAAUAAUCAAAAUUCAAAAUCAUUAGGGUUAGAUAUAUUUUACUUAGAAAUCUCGCAUCCAUAGUAUGAGGCCAUUGUUAAAUUAAACUAUAAGAAUAUUUAUGUAGGACAGUGCCGAAUUCGGAAAGCAUGGGGUCUGUAGCAAAUUGUCACGGGGUCCCUUUGUCUCCAAAACUGGUUAAGUCUAAAAGAAGGUAAAGAGCGCAAAUAAAUGUCAGUGUCGAUAGCAUAGGACUUUUACAGCCCUUCAGUUAGAUCUAGGUGAGGAGCCCCGUAGACGCAGGGCCCUAUAUGGUUAAUUCGGCACUGAUGUAGGAAGAUACGACGUUAAUUCAAAUUCAAAUUCAAAUUCUUUAUUUGCAGAAUAUGGGUAAGUAUACAAGAUGUUCUUAAAAUAAAUUAUAAAUCGCCAUAAUCAGGCUCACGCCAUGCAAAUUUGUUGCAACCGAACAGUUACAUGCAAACAUAUCGAGAAAAAAAAAAAUAGUCCAUACAAUUACAAAAAUGUCAAUCUUACAAUAAUUAAUAAUAUUACAUUCGGUUAUUAAUCUUAAUACUAAUAGAACAAAAAAAUACAAAAUAAUACAUAAUGUCAAAGAGCAGAAAUAGUCACUAAAUUGUUUUAAUUAUUUAUAUAUUAUGAUACAAUGUUUCUUCCGUACUAGUUUUAUAUUCAGAUUAUACAGAUAAAUAAGUUUAUAUUCCGAUUAACAGUUUUUUUUUUGUUAUAAUUUAUCAUCAAGAAAUUCUUUUACUGAGUAAUACGAUUUGUCUAUCAGUAUUUUCUUUACUUGAUUUUUAAAAAUGUUAUUAUUAGAUAUUUUGAGUAAGGAGUUAGGUAAAUGGUUGUACACUCUAGGGAUCAUGCAAAACACACUAUUAUUCAAAAGACCAGUUCUGUUAGAAAUAAAGCUUAUUUUAAAUUGAUGCCUCUUGCUUUUUAGCUUAACAAAAAAGUUGCUGUUAUUUCUGACAAACAUAAUCAUAUCCAAAAUAU